CAGGAGCUGAAAUGAAAGAGAUACAGUGCUGUCUGUCAGGUCUCAGAGGCAACAGUGACAAAGGAGUGUAAUUUUUUUUUUUUUUUUUUUAAUGAAAGUUCAGGAAGAAAACCAUUCAGGACUAGCUGUGGGAAGUACCUGUCUUAAUGCUGUGAUGUUAGGACACAUCUAGUUUUAAUCCUAUUAAGCCUGCUCAAAAUUAUCCAGAGCACACUGCAGCGUUUAACUCUACUUUCAAGUGUUUAUGACCGAGGGGGAAAGGAUUCAACAGACUCUCUUCCCCUGCAGCCUUCCUUCGGAAGUUGAGCUCUCCUGCUGGAGGCAGGUCCCGAUCGCCUGGUGCGUUAACCUGACUCUCGAACCCAGGGUUCAAGCAUCGGUUUGCUCUGGCAGCAGCAGGCAGAGACAGUUCCCCCGACAGGCAGGGGACCACCGCCGCGCCGAAACCAAGCACGCCCCGGAGAGACAACGCGGAGGACGCCCGGGUGGGCCGACGGUGGUAGGACGGUGCCCGGCGGGCCGGGAGCGGAAGGAGCCGCCCGGGGCCCACGCUCGCCGCGCCGCUCCCCGCGGGGCCGCCGCCGCGCCGGGACGGCAGCGGGGGGAGCGCAACAGGCCGACGGCGGCCGGCCUCGGACCGGCAAACCCGCAGCAGCUGGGGAAACGGGGCGGGAGAGGCAGGCGGGGAGGGGGCCGGCCCCGGGGGCUCGCCCACACGGCGGCACAAGUGAGACUGAGAAUGCCCAUGGCCCAGCCGUGUUUGAAAAACAUUCACCAAACACAUCAGGACCAACUAACUUGAACACGUUACUCGUUGCUUUCUCUGAUCGCUGCCGUACUUGAUUUGAAGUUCCACUGGCUUACUUUAAAAAUAUGUUAAUCUGCAAACA